AUGUCGGAGUCAAGUACAUCCGUCGCCGACAUACUUUCAACUUUAUCGAAGGAACAGCUAAUGGGCUUGAUUUCUCAGCUUGUGGCUACUUCUCAACAGUCACCAAGUAAUACUAAUAAUAACAAUGAUAACGACGUUAAAGAUGAUGCCCAAGUAGUAGCAAACCAGAAUGAUAAUCCGACAAAAUUAAAAAAUGAACUACACACACUUAAUAAUACUGAAGUUGAACCCGAGGUAUUCGAACUACCUAUUGAUGAAAUUGUAAAUAAAAUUAACCAGAUCAGUGAUUUGGCGUCAUUACUUGGGAAUAAAGAAGUGAAGUUGAGAAAAUGGUACCACUCCUUGCAAAUGACCUUUGACAAUUUUAUAAGUGAUCUAGAUUUAGAGAAGGAACGCAUAAAAAAUGAUAUUAUCAAGUCUUUGGAAACCAUUACAAGGAUCUUCUCAAUAACCUCGACUUUUACCCUAGUCGAAAGCUUAGAUGAGUCUGUUUUGACUACAGCAGUACGAAAACUAAUAAUGGACUACAAGUCAGAGUCGCUGGAUAAUUUAGAACGAUAUUGUAAUGAAAAUUUAUCGUUAUUAUCAUUAUCUAAAGACAUUGAUGAAAAUUUGUUGAAAUUGAUACCCGUGUUAUCACAGAAGCUAUUAACAUUUAGUAAGAAGUUAAAACACUUUUAUUCACUUUAUGACUUGGUGGAUGAUUAUAAAUUCCAAGAUUCUCAUUUUUUAGAGAAUCUACCCAGCAGAGACGAUAUUAACCUUUUCAACCAGAUAAAUCGAGCGACUGAUAUUAAAACGAUUCUACAAACAAACUUUAACAAGAUUAAUCCAAUGAUAAUUGAACAGCUUGACCUGGAAACCUUAAAAAUUAAAGAGUUUAUAGCUACCAAGUUACAGACAUUGAGGAGCUUGAUGAAAAAGGUAGUGGCACUAAAUCAUGAAUUAUACACCAAUAAAGAGUCUAAUUAUAUUUCCUUACCAGCAACUAUAAAUGACGAUGAAAAGAUCUUGCUGAAUAUCGGUUUGAAGACUUCUGUAUUCAGGGAGUACGAAGAAAAGCUUCACAGUUAUCAGCAACUUAGAGAAUCUAGACAAGAAACUUUAAGUGUAUACCUUGAAAAAGUAAAGCAUUUGUGGUCAAUAUUAAGACCUGAGUCAGACGAAAUUCAGGACUUCUUAAGAGAAAAUAAAAACCUCUACACGGAGUCUUUAAUGAAUUUUGAAAAUUUACUGAUCCAGCUUGAAGAAGAAAAAACGGCAAAUAUUAAACAAUUCAUUUACAAUGCUAGAUCGAAAAUUGAAGGUUACUGGAAUAUUCUCAUGUAUGAUGGCGAUGCGAGAUCAAAGUUUGAAGAAUUUUAUGUUGAUGAUGAAACAUUAUUUGAUGAAGCACUGCUAGACUCCCAUUUGACAGAACUGGAUAGAUUACGAAGGGAAUGUGAAGCUAUACAACCUCUUUUAUCGUUAAUAUCAGCAUUAAAUGGUUUAAUAGAAGAGAAAAAGAAACUGGUGGAAUCCUCGAAAGAUGUAUCGAGACUUAAAAAGAGAAACGCUUUCAAAAUAUUAAGAAUGGAGGAACUAACAACAAAUAAACUAAACAAGGAAUUCCCUAUUGUAAUAAAUGAAAUCAAGUCCAAAAUAAAAGAAUUUGAAGGACAAAACGGAAGAACAUUUCAACUAAACGGAGCUCCAUAUAUCGAAGAGCUGGAAUCAAUUGAAUCCAAAUAUUUGCCAAGAAGAAGGUCUAAUAUUUCUCACUUCAAUUCACCCACUGUGGCACCCACCAAGAAGGGCACGAUGAAUUCUAAGGGUGUUACACGACAGAAAAGAGAUCUGAUAACUCCCUCACGUUCAGUUAUACGCCGAAGAGACGUUAAUCAAAUGACAAAUCCAUUUUUAUCAAGAAACACUUCACCAAUGAAAUCACAAGCCAAUACAGCAACCCCACUUCCGUCUACAAAUACUCGUUUCACCCCACAGUCGUUGUCCAAGGAUUGUGUUGCUUCGAGGGGAAGAUCGCCACUGAGGAAACUAGACCUUAGUGCUUCCAUCAAGAUGAAUACUCUAGAAACGGCCAAGCAGUCACCAUGCAUGCCAGUUCUAUCAUCAUCAGUCAGCAAAACUAUUAGUAAUUCUAGCGCCAAGCGUUCUGUAUUAUCGUCAAAUUUGAGAAUGUCGUCUCCAAAUGACAAUCGUACAUCUGUAAGGACAAGAUCACCGAUGAAAACGGUUACAAAUAGAUUCAAUAGAGACAAUUGCAUAAAUAACGAAAUUAAGUUGAAAAUACCGAACAGAGACACGCCAUCUGAGCCUCCAGUUGAGGAAUUAAGUGAUUCAAUCUUAGAAUAUUCUGAUGAAGAACAAAACGUUAAACUCGAUGUGUCCACUCAAAAUAAAGAAAAUUCCAAACCUUCUUUAAUGACCAUCUUUGCUGAUAAUAAUCCACUUUCAAAUAAUAACCACAUGUUGAGCCAAUUUAAUUUAAGUCUGGAUUCAGAAACUUUCUAG